AUGGGCAUGCGAUACAUAUUACUCACAGCUCUCUUCUGUCAAGCAGCUGUGAGCAUUCAAUCUGCUGCAAAUCCUAGAGCCAACGAAAAUACUAAGAAGUUAUUAGCUGCUAUGAGCAACAUUGGAGACCGGAUUCUCUCCGGAGCAUUCGGAGGCUACAACCGGUUCCAGCAUGAGAUCGGCUUCUCCAUGAAUCAAGCCAACCAAAUAAAGAGCUUGACUAACAAAUUACCCGCCGUCUACGGAAUCGACUGUUCUCCAGGCAACAAUUAUAUCGGAGACGGAGAAAUUAACAACAGUGAUUACGCCGCUAUUCUCCAAGACGGAACUCCAAUAAGGAACAGGUGGUUGAAAACGAUGGAAAAGAUCGCUGAAGGCUUACAACAGUAUAAGAACCAAGGAAUAACCAUCCUAUAUCGUCCCUUCCACGAAAUGAACGGACCCUGGGUCUGGUGGUCAGCUAUGAAAGACGAAACUCAAAACGAAGAGCGAAAGCGCCUCUUCAAGAUGCUCUGGAAGGAACUUUUCAACUUCAUGGCAAAUAAGGGCUUGGACAACAUCCUUUGGGUCUACUCUCCCGAUCAAAGCAGAGAGUCCAGAACCGCUUAUUAUCCUGGCGAUGAAUACGUGGACAUCGUUGGGUUGGACUGGUACUCCGAUGACCCAAACCAGCUUAAGGGCUACGAUGAGAUGACCAGCCUGGGCAAGCCUUUCACCUUCGCCGAAGUCGGCCCUUAUUCCAAAGACGGACAGUUCGAUUACGAUCGUUUCAUGAAAAUAGUUGCGUCCCGAUACCCUAAGGCAAUUUACUUCAUGCCUUGGAACGCUGAAUGGAGUCCUAUUUAUAACAAAAACCCUUCCGGGGCUUACAAUCACCCGAAGGUGAUGAAUUUGGGAGAACUAAAGGUUUAG